CAGAUGCUUAACGAAAAUAAAGUACAUUUAACUGACUGUACCGAUCUAGGAAGAUCUUAACAAUUUUGUUUGCAAUUAUGAUGUUUCAGGUGUUCAAGAGGACAUCUGAUCAGUGAUGGCAAUGUCUAAUGAAUUUUCAAAAGUAAAUGAUCAUCUUUUUAUUUCUGGAGCACAUGCUGUCACAGAACAAAAUUUGAAAAAUUAUGGAAUUACUGCAGUGAUCAAUAUCACUCUUACAUCUCCACCUUUUCCUUUUGCCGACCUUGAUUAUACUAGAAUAUUGGUAGAUGACUCAACUCUGGUUGACAUAACUCCUCAUUUUGAUCCAGUUGCAGAUAAGAUAAAUGAAAUUAAGAAGAAAGGAGGCAAGACCUUAGUACACUGUCUGUGUGGAGCAAGCCGUUCAGCUACGCUUUGUCUUGUUUAUCUUAUGAAAUAUCAGAAUAUGAAGCUGCGAAGUGCCUAUCAUUACCUGAAAAAACGUCGUCCUGUUGUACGUCCUAACAAUGGGUUCUUCAGCCAGUUAAUAGAAUAUGAAAAGAAAUGUUUUGGAAAGAAUACUGUCAGAAUGGUUGAGGUCCCAGGUGCAGGCCCUGACAUUAUGAUUCCAGACAUAUUUCUUAAAGAACACAACAGUUUUGCAUGGUUAACAAAUGUCAAAACUGCUCUUUCUAAAAGACAGUAAAAAUGUAAAUUAUGCUGAAGCAGUUAAUUGUGUAACAUGUAUAUAUGUGAGCUAGUUUUUUCAUGUGUUGAGUGUACAAGGUGAAUUUUUGUAU